AUGACGGGAAUUGUAGUCCGCCCGGGACUCGCUUUCCCGGCGGGCGCCGGGCCGCGCUGCAUGACGGGAAUUGUAGUCCGCCCGGGACUCGCUUUCCCGGCGGGCGCCGGGGCGCGCUGCAUGACGGGAAUUGUAGUCCGCCCGGGACUCGCUUUCCCGGCGGGCGCCGGGGCGCGCUGCAUGACGGGAAUUGUAGUCCGCCCGGGACUCGCUUUCCCGGCGGGCGCCGGGGCGCGCUGCAUGACGGGACCUGUAGUCCGCCCGGGACUCGCUUUCCCGGCGGGCGCCGGGCCGCGCUGCAUGACGGGACCUAAGGCGGCCGAAAGCGAGCGGCAGGAGGCCCACUUCCGCGCCGCCGGCGUCCCCCCCCAGGACCGGCCCGACGCGGGCCCGGGCCCCCGGAAGGGCGGCUGUCGACGCAACGCCUGGGGCAGCCAGUCCUACGCCGACCUCAUCAGCCAGGCCAUCGCCAGCGCCCCCGACAAGCGGCUCACCCUGGCCCAGAUCUACGAGUGGAUGGUCCGCUCCGUCCCCUACUUCAAGGACAAGGGCGACGCCAACAGCUCCGCCGGAUGGAAGAACUCCGUCCGCCACAACCUGUCCCUGCACGGCAAGUUCGUCAAGGUGCACAACGAGGCGACGGGCAAGAGCUCCUGGUGGACGCUGAACCCCGAGGCGGGCAAGAGCGGUAAGGCCCCCCGCCGCCGGGCCGCCUCCGUGGACGGCGGCGGCCGGCGGGCGCGGGGCAGGAAGAAGGGGGCGGGCGGGCCGGACGAGCCGGACGUGUGGACGGCCUUCGGGCCCCGCGGCGGCCCCGGCGCCCGGCCCUCCCCGCGGGGGGCCGGGCCCGAGGCGGCGGACGACGGGCCGGCCCGCGCCCCGGUCGGCGAGGAGCUGGAGCUCAUGGACGGGCUCCGCCUCGCCUCCCCCGGCCGGCCGGCCGCCCGCGGGCCGCGGACCCCGGGGGCCGUCCCGGCGGCCGAGGCCCCGCCGCCCGCCGGAGACGUCCUCCCCCCGACGGAGGCGCCGCCGCCGCCGGGGAGCCCCCCGGCCGGCCGGGGGGCGGGCGGGCCGGACCCCCGGGGCCGCCUGCCCCGGGACCUGGACCUGGACCUGGACCUGGAGAACCUGGAGUGCGACGUGGACGGCAUCAUCGGCGACCUCGUGGGCGGCGGCGAGGGGCUGGACUUCGGCUUCGACCCCGAGGCCCGGACCCCCGCCCACCCCUGGGUGUCCGGCUAGCCCGGCCCGGCCGCCCAGACCCGGGGACGCGUCCCCCUCCACCGGGCCGGCGGCCCCGCUCCCGGACCCGCCGUCGCGGGGACCCGGGCCGGGCUUCUCGUGCGGCGGGGGAGGGGGCCGGGACGCGGGGUUUUCCCGGGGGGCGGGCCGGGGGCAGGCCAGCCGCGGAUCACGGCUUUUUAUAAACCUUUUACGACAGUCGUCUGUAUCUAUCAAUCUAUCCGUAAACUCGAGCGUAGGGGUCUGUAGGGGAGCGGGGCCGGCGCUCGCAGCCGGAGGUCUGUCCGCACGCCCCCCCCCCCCCCCGGAAAACGCAGACGCUACGGACUCCCCCCCGGGGGGGGCGGACGGAGAGCCCGGACCGGGGUUCGAGUCCCGACUCCGCCGGCCUGCGUUGGGGCCCCGGAGGGCGGCCGGGCCGGGGCGGGGGGGGUCCCUCGCGCCUCCCCUCCGGGUCGGAGCCUCUCGCCCGACGUCCGGUCGCCCCGGGGGCCGGCGGGCGACCCCCGUCUACGAAUAAACCCAAUAAACGACCUCCAACCGA